UUGAUCAUGCUUUGUGAGAAUUAUUAAAAGAUGACGGAUAAAAGAACUAAAUGGAUUGCUCACUAUUGCAACAAUGUAAAUACAGGAACCAUUGACCGUCAGCGGAUACAGUCCGACGAUGCCGACGACGAUGAUACGAACACCGAUGAAGCGACAAAGCCAUCCGCUGAUGAAGUUACCCAGGAUAGGCGACGAAAAAGACCGGAAACUGAGGAGGACCAACCGGACGGAGAAUUGGGCAACCGGUGGUCGUCUUCUUCAAAGAAAAGCGGAUUUGAAGACCUAAAGCUGUCAGACAUCAUUCUCGAUCCAGAUGGAGUUUUCAUUUAUUACUGGAUGGGAGUCGUAACAAUGGCAAUUGUUUAUAAUGUCACCGUUAUUGUACUCCGAGUUGCCUUCAAGGAAAUGAGGGACCAGGCUACCGAGAAAUCAGUCUUUUCACUAUUAGACACGAUAGGAGACGUCUUAUUCCUCGUCGACAUAGUCGUAAAUUUUCGCAUUUCGUUCUAUGAGGACGGCUGUUUGGUCUUGAAUCCUGACCAAAUAAGGAACCAGUACAUAAACAGCCGGAAGUUCAUGAUUGACGUCAUUUCCGUUCUUCCUGUGGGUUAUUUGUACAGUUUCAUCAGUGUGUCCUGUAACUUUUUAUUUUUUGAUAUGGACUCGUUUAUACCAGGAAAACUGCAUAUCCUGUUAGUAAGAGCGUCCAGACUGCUGAAGUACCGAACGAUGGUCAGGUUCUUUGACCUUACAGACAGUCGAACGCGAAAUCCCAACCUCGUCCGGACUUUCAAACUGUCGUUGAACCUGUGGGUGGUCAUCCACUGGAUUGGUUGUUUUUACUACCUUGUCUCGGAGUUUGAAGGACUGGGGACCAAUCACUGGGUUUAUCCUAAUGGAACUGAAUAUGGCGUAUUUUCAAGGAAAUAUAUUAGGGUCACCUACUGGUCUUUGAUGACCCUUACAACCAUCGGAGAAAGACCACCUCCGGAGACAGACCUGGAGUUCGUCUUCACUGGCGUCACGUUUUUGGUUGGCAUGUUUGUGUUUGCGGCAGUUGUUGGAAACGUAGGCGACGUUAUAAGCAAUAUGAAUGCUACAAGAACAGAAUUUCAGUCCAGAAUGGACCAGAUCAAGUCAUACAUGCAGCACCGUAACGUAGAUGAGAAACUGCAGAGCAGGGUUAAGAAAUGGGCGGACUACACGUGGAACAGAGCACAGUCCAUCGAUGAACCUUCUUUGCUUCACAUGCUUCCUGAUCGCCUUAGAACAGAGAUAGCGAUCAAUGUUCAUCUAGAAACGCUAAAGAAGGUAAAGAUUUUCGAAGAGUGUGAAGAAGGUUUACUUCGAGAGCUUGUUCUGAAGCUGAGGCCCCAAGUGUACAGUCCCGGGGAUUACAUUUGUCGCACGGGCGAGGUUGGAAAGGAGAUGUUUAUUGUCAAUCAUGGAAAGGUUGAGAUACUCGUUUCAAAUCAUGUGGUCGGAAAAAGGACGUACCUUACAACCCUUUCCCCAGGCUCAUACUUUGGUGAAAUCAGCUUGCUUAAAAUAGACGAAGGACAUAACAGACGGACGGCAGAUGUCAGGGCUGUCGGUUAUUCAGAGUUAUUACGCCUUUCUCGUAGAGAUCUCAUGUCGGCUCUGACCGAAUAUCCAAAUGCCAAACGAAUACUUGAAGAAAUAGCAUAUAAAAGGUAUAAGAAAACAAAAGAUAUGCAUCCCGGUAGCAUUGAUGAGCCAUCUGUUCCAGAUACUAUCACCGACUCCAUUGGCACUUUCGGUAGAUCUUCUCGCAAAUUUCUAGACGUAAUCCAGUCUGAAAACUUCAAGAGGCUUAUUGCAGGCAGACAGGACGACAUGCGCGAGUUAAAAUCUGUUUUGGAUGAAGUGAAGCAGUUUGACAGCGUGGCCACAAAGGAAAGGACCGCUGCAUUGCAGAAGCAGAAUGAAUCUCUAAUCAACGAAAUAAAGUUUAGGGAUACGGUAAUUUUGAAGCUGAGAAACAAAAUUGCUCGGCUGAAAUCCAAAGACCUAUUAUUUCGGCUAAGGAACGAAGAAUUGCCGAAACGCUCUCAAACAUUCGGACAUAGACACCCAAAUGAACAGCAAACGAAUGGCCAAUUUAUAAAUCAUAAUAAUUCUGAAUCCUGCCAAAAUUGUUCGGCUGAAACUAGUGAACAUCGUCCACAAAGCAUAAGACACCAUGCAUGGCGAACGUUUAACCUAAAAAGAAACAGUGAAACAGAAUUUCCUAGAAAUAUUCUGUCAGAAAAGUGCCAAACUCUGAAACACGUCUGCUCGUCGGAGCCAAAUACAUCACGAGAGCCUGUGUAUUUUGAAAGACCGUCUUCGCCCAAACAAAAACAAGGUCACGAGGCUUAUCCCCACUAUACUUCAUUAUCAAUGACUAAUUUGCCUUUCCAAAACAGGGCUCCUGCAAUUGAAAGGCACAAUGGUUCUACACAUGAAAGGACAGCAUCAACAUCAAACAGAUCUGAACUUUACCAAAAUAGACCAGGUUUAGUACGAGACAAAGACGUUAUGUCUGAUCAAGAUGAACGUGAACUUUGUGUUAAAAGGAAGUGAAUGCCUAUAGAUUUGUCGGACGCAUACCUCACUGCUUCAGACCAGUCAUCAUAUGAACAUGUUUAUGGUGAUCCAGAAAUAAGUGGAGUGAAAGAAAUUCGUUUAACGUUUCCAUUAAGCAUAUGAGUUUGUUUUUUUCUUUCUGAUUAUUGUGAUUUCAAUUUCUGAAAUAAUUCAUGCAUAUGAACGGACUGAAGAUCGAUAUGUGAUGCUUCUACAUAAUUAUAUUGGUUCCUUUUACAUUCGUUAUUAUGAAGUUAUCAGUUAACAUUUGCAUCCCGUUGUCUUGUAUAACCUAACGAUAUGACGUCUGAUUAUUGUAAAACUCUAAGUAGUACGAUACAAUUAAAUGUAUUCCAUUGCAAAGGAUAGCUUGUAAAACUACUUUAAGGGACUCGCUCAUGUUUUGGGACCAAUAAUUAGUUUUCCCGGUUAUGCAUUUGAAAACACCUUAUUAACGCUUAUAAAAAUUGUGGUCUUGAAAACGAUUUAGCAAAUAUCAGCAUUUGCUGAAGGGUUAAAGCUUUUGGUAUUUUAACAUUCCUAAUGACUUGCCACACUUGAUUUCGUCAUACAAAAAAGUGCAUUUCACAUAAACCUUAGCGAGACUCUUUAAACUUGGAGACGACUAGUUUAAUGAUUGUAUGGUGCUCACUAUAAUCUACACACCUGUUUUUUCUGUUUGUAAACAGUUCUGGUGCUAACAUAAUUAUACGGUUAUGUCUCUAUUUCUUUUUAACUAAGACAUUUUAAUUUAUCUAUGCUCUUAAAAUAUGUUUUGAGAAUGUCUUUACUGAAAAUGGUACAUAUGAUGACAUUGUAACUUUUGAAACGAUUAGUCAUCUGAAGUCGGAAAUUAGACAAUUCGACACGUCACGUCAGCAUUAUCCUCGGCACCCCAGCGUAUCAUAACCUAUAUGGUUCCCUGGGCAAAUUUGCUAGGGAAACUUCGUAAAUCUAUUCAUAAGCAUUUUCCGACCAAUAAAAUAGCCGAUAACAAAAUAGAAAGAAUCUCAUUUGUGAAAAGCAAUCGGCAUAUUUAACAACAUCCCGCCUAAACGAUUUGUAAGCCGUGAUCUCAUUGGAUUAUUUCGAACCGAGAUUACAUCCGUAACAUCUCAGCCAUUUCCGCACCGCAUGCGGAGUAUCUCAUGCGGCCAAUCAAGCGGCUGGAUGUCACCUUAUUAAUUAUUCAUGAGUACGACAUAUUUACAGCUGAUUUGCCCAGGGUAUUAUAUAGGUUAUGAUACGAUGGGGUGCCGAGGAUGAUCAGCAUGAGCAGUGAUCUAAUUUGUGAAUAUUGGCUUUGUGUUAUUUUGCUUGUUAACCGAUUAGAUAAAAAACAUUGAAUCAUCCUCAUGUAAGACACAAGUUUUAAUGUAGUCAGUUUUCACAUCUAAAUAUGAAGUCACAAGUAUGUAACAGUAUUAAUUAUUCACAGAUCCUGUAACGCAUUUUAUCUUUACCGACCAACUAUCUCGUCGUAUGUGUUUAUAUAAGGAUCACACUUUUGUAUGUGUUCAUGCUGUAUGAACGCAGGAGAGUACGUCUGCCAAUUCCAUAAAGCUCGUUUUUUCUCAUAUACCUUACUGGGUUUCUUCAGCAUGAAGACACGGAAUGACGCGGUCAAUUCUUAUACUUACAUUUUCAAAAUUCUUCUGCAGUUGAUUAGUACUUUUAAAGAUAGGAUAUUGACAAAAUGAAUGUGUAAAAUAUGUUAUAACUAUAUCUUUGUAUAUCAUUGGUUAAGUGCAAAGAUGACAGUUGCAUCGAAAAUACCCCAACUUAUGUAAAUGUAACCUGGUUCAUGGUUUAUAUUUCGAGCUUCGAUAAGCCUUGAUUAUGGGUGACUUAGGGGUUUGUAACUGUUUUCGAAAUUGAUGUUAUAGAAAUUCGUUUUCUGUUGAUUUCUUGCUAUUGUGUUUACAUGUUUUAUUGCAUACCAUUCUAUUUUGUUUUGUUCACAAAUUUAUAUUUAUUUUAUCUACUCAUUUAACAUGCCAAUGACCUUAUAUGUAUAAUUACUGAAAAGUGGAAAUAAAGAGUACAUAUUGAU